CCCUCUCUUUGCCUAUAAAUAAAUCUCUCUCUGUUUCCCUUCUUCUUCAAUCUUUCCCUCUAUCUCUCUCUCUCUCGAACAAUAACAAAAACGCAAAACUCGAAUACUCGAAAACGAUAUCGUUUCUCAGCGAUUAGCGAAGAUGCUUUCUUCAUCUCCGACCUCCUCCUUCACUCAUCCGUUUCUCUCUUCACCUUCUUCUCCGCCUCUCUCCCCUACUCUAUCUCCGUCAUCUCGCACGGCUCGGAUCUCUCCUCUUCUAGUCUCCGCCUCUUGCUCUUACACCUGCGCCGAAGACUCUCCGAGAUUGCAUCAGAUCCCUCGGCGAUUUACGGCGGCGACCGCCUCGCUCUACGAUGUCCUCGAGGUUCCUCUAGACGCGACGAGCCAGGAUAUCAAAUCGGCUUACCGGAGACUGGCCAGGAUCUGCCAUCCCGACGUGGCGGGAACCGAUCGGACCAAUUCGUCGGCGGAGGAGUUUAUGAAGAUCCACGCCGCCUACUGUACGCUUUCUGAUCCCGAGAAACGCUCUGUUUACGACCGGAGGAUGUUGCGUCGGAGCAGUCCUUUGACCGUCGGUACCUCCGGGUUGGGCAGUUACGUCGGACGGAACUGGGAAACUGAUCAGUGCUGGUAGCGAGUUGACUCGGUGGAAACGAGUUAAGACCGUGUUUUAAUUAGUGGUGUAAAUACGAAAGCGAUCAGGGCUUUGACGUUUGUAAUUAAUACUAGUACUUACAGUAAUUAAGCUAACACGGACGAGUAUUAGUGUGCUAACUUACGCCGUGUGUUUCGUGUUUACGUAGGAUCUACGCGUUUUUUUUUUUUACCUUGUGAAUCCUAUUAUCAAUGAAAACCAAAAAAAAGCAUAUAGUAUAUGUUCUGCUUCCAGUGUU